GUUGGGUGGGUGGUAGUUAAAAAAUCUGAUCAAAUUUGGAAGAGAGAGGUCAGCUGACAGAGAGAGAGAGAGCGGCAGAGAGAGAGAGAGAGAUGACGACGUCAGAGUUGGAAGUAAGCGGCAGCUCGUGGGACGUCUCUCAAUUUCAACACACCCCUUAUUACUGUGAGGAGAAUGUGUACUUGCUUUGCAAGGAACUGGGCACAAAGGGCAUAGCAGAUGCCCAAAGUUCUGAUCUUUAUGUUGUUUUCAUUUCCAAUGAGAAAAAACAGAUCCCAUUGUGGCAUCAGAAGGCCAGCAGCCGAGCAGAUGGGGUUGUUCUCUGGGAUUAUCAUGUCAUUUGCAUACAGAGAAAAGGCAGAGGUGACUCACCCUCCCCACACUUGGUGUGGGAUUUAGAUUCAAGUCUUCCAUUUCCUUGCCCCUUAGCACGCUAUGUCUCCGAAACUAUCCGCCCCGACUUUCAGACCUUUUCUGAAUUCCAAAGGUAUUUCCGGAUUGUGCAUGCCCCCGUGUUUCUCCGUUGCUUUGCAUCUGAUAGGAGACACAUGAAAGAUUCUGUUGGCAAUUGGCUACAUCAACCUCCCCUCUACCAGCCCAUUGUUGCGGAGGAUGGAACUGUUCACAACCUGAAUGACUACUUCGACAUCCGUGCUACAGAUGCAGUGACAGGUACAGGAGCUGAUAUGACCAAUGAAGUUUUUACCAAAAAGCUUGGUGUGGUCAUAACAGAAAGCCAACUGGAGGAGUUCUUUUCGCAGAUUCCUUGAUGUAUGGAAAUUCUAUUUUCAGCUGGACUCACACAUAAAGCAUUGUUAUUUCCUGUAUCCUGACCGAGUUUUUCUUGGUGUAUCACAUUUGGGAUUAGUUCAUUCCGGCUGCGUUUUUCAUUCUCCUUGGUAGUUCAGAGAAGUGCAAUUCUCCUUUUUUUGUAUGGAUUGUAUGGAG